CCUCAAGACGCCACAACGACAGAGUGCAUGCGCAUGAGGAUGCAUCGUCUUGCUACAUGUGGUCCUGUAUUGAAUGCCUAACCUGUUUCUUAUUGCACUUGCACCGAUAUUGAUGCUUCUCAAGAGCAAUUGAGUAACACUGUAGGAAUAAAGGUGGUCACGUCGCGAGACUCAGUGCACUAGCCACAUCCGAUCAAGUUUUUCGAUCACUUCAUUUUAUAUCUUCUCUCCCCGCAUCAAAGCGAGGGACUCGAUAUUGAUUCCACAAAUCAAACUCUUCAAUCAAGAAACAUGAACUCCAAAGUUGGUGUCCUGGGAGGCGGCCAACUAGGGCGCAUGCUAGUCGAGGCUGCAAACCGACUCAACAUACAAGUGAACAUAUUGGACGCCCAGAACGCGCCCGCAAAGCAAAUCAGCAACCAUCCAGGACACAUCGAAGGCUCGUUCAAGGACGCAGCAGCUAUCGAGAAGUUGGCCAAGACAUGUGACGUGGUAACGGUGGAGAUUGAGCAUGUCGACGCCGACGUACUCGCCGAGAUUUCCACAAGUGUAAAGGUGGAGCCGUCACCAAAGACGUUGCAGAUUAUCAAGGAUAAGUAUGCGCAAAAAGUGCAUUUGCAGAAGUUUGGAAUCCCGACUGCAGAGUCUGUUGAAGUCACUGGUACAGACGAAGCUAGCCAGAUCACCGAGCUUGAAGCUAUUGGGGGCAAGAUUGGGUACCCGUUCAUGCUGAAGUCUAAGACUGAGGCUUAUGAUGGCAAGGGUAACUAUCCUGUCAAGUCGGCUGAAGAGCUGAAGCCUGCUGUGAAUGCGCUUGGGAAAGGGAGCAGGCCGCUGUACGCAGAGAAAUGGGCCAACUUCACCAAGGAACUGGCGGUCAUGGUCGUCAAGACAAAAGAUGGUGUACUAGCGUACCCGACAGUUGAGACAGUGCACGAGGACAGCAUAUGCAAACUGGUGUUUGCGCCUGCGAGAGUACCAGAAGGCAUACGCGAGAAGGCAGAAGAGCUCGCGCGGAAAACGAUCGCAGCGUUCGACGGCAAGGGCGUGUUUGGAGUGGAGAUGUUUUUGUUAGACGAUGGAGAGCUUUUGAUUAACGAAAUUGCUCCCAGGCCUCAUAACUCUGGACAUUACACUAUUGAGGCUUGCCCGCUGAGCCAGUACGACGCACAUCUACGGGCGAUCCUCGAUCUUCCAAUCCCGGUCGAAAGUCUGAAAAUGAGGGAGCCUGCGAUCAUGCUUAACAUCUUGGGUGGACAGACGCCGGAUUCGCACAUCAAGGUUGCGGAAGUCGCGCUGUCCAACCCCCGGACAAGCGUACAUCUAUAUGGCAAGGGAGAGGCCAGGAAAGGGAGGAAGAUGGGGCAUUUGACAGUCACAGCACCGACAAUGGCAGAGGCAGAAAAGCACAUUACACCCUUGAUCGAGGCGGUCGAUGCCCAGAAAGGGGUAGAGACCAAGUCCAUACUGUCAGCACCCAAAGGCAGCCCCGAGGUGGCCGUGAUAUGCGGAUCCGACUCUGACCUGCCGGUGCUCAAGGCCGGCUUUGAGAUUCUGGAGAAGCUUCAGAUCCCAUACUACUGCGGCGUCGUCUCGGCACACCGGACGCCAGACCGCAUGGUAGAGUUUGCCAAGGCUGCAAAGUCGAAAGGCUUCAAGGUGAUUAUUGCAGCAGCAGGCGGUGCAGCCCACCUGCCCGGCAUGACGGCAUCAGACACUUCGCUGCCCGUCAUAGGAGUGCCGGUCAAGGCAAGUUCAUUGGACGGCUGGGACAGUGUGGUGAGCAUGACACAGAUGCCGCGAGGAACACCUGUGGCCACGGUGGGCGUCAACAACUCUACCAACGCUGCUCUUCUCGCGGCGCGAAUACUCGGCGUUUCCGAUGCCGCCAUCCAACAGCGCGUUCGUGACUUUGCAAAGAACAACGAAAAGGAGGUUCUAGCGAAGAACGCGCGCCUGGAGGAGAUUGGACCUCUGGCAUAUCUGUGCAAAGACUGAUGGAGACUACCAAGUGCUGCCAUCCUCAGUGCAAGAAAGAUACCCAAAAGCAUUGCCAUGUAUGUUUAGAAGAAGCGACCAAAAAUAGACGAUAUCGAUAGCUGCUGCAGGACUAACGAAUUCACACUGCGGGAAAUUCACUACUCAUCAUACAGGGC